AUGUUUUCAUCACUGAUAGAAACGGCCAAAAACAGCCAAUUGUGUACCCCUUUCCAUGCCCGCUGUGAAGCCGCUCAAGGUGAAAGUCGGUCAAUGGAUAUGAAAUCUGCAAUGGAAACUUCUCGAGUUAUUUCUGCCGCUUCAGCUACUGAACAAGAAAGCUGUGAAUACGGAAGUUUGAAAUAUUAUGGCCUAUGUGGCUUUGGAGGUAUUCUAAGUUGUGGCAUAACACAUACAGCAGUUGUACCUUUAGAUUUAGUGAAGUGUAGAAUUCAGACUAAUCCUACCAAAUACAAAAGUAUCUUCAAUGGAUUCUCUGUUACCAUCAAAGAAGAUGGCAUGCGAGGUCUUGGUAAAGGCUGGGCUCCCACAGCAAUUGGUUAUUCUUUACAAGGAUUAGGAAAAUUUGGUUUUUAUGAAGUAUUUAAAAAAAUCUACAGUGGAAUUCUUGGUGAGGAGUUGUCCUACACUUGGAGGACAUCUUUGUACUUAGCUGCUAGUGCAUCUGCCGAGUUCUUUGCCGAUAUUGCACUGUGCCCUAUGGAAGCAUGCAAGGUCAGAAUUCAAACUCAGCCUGGUUGUUCUCCUCUUCUUCGAAAUGUAGCCCCUGCUAUCUUAAGAGAUGAAGGCAUACGAGGUUUUUACAAAGGAAUUUCACCUCUAUGGAUGCGACAGAUACCUUACACUAUGAUGAAGUUUGCAUGUUUUGAAAGAACUGUUGAAGCAAUUUAUCAAUAUGUUGUACCUAAGCCUAGAGAUGAAUGUACUAAGGGAGAGCAACUUAUUGUAACGUUUGCUGCAGGCUAUAUUGCUGGUGUAUUUUGCGCUAUUGUAUCUCAUCCUGCUGAUACUGUUGUAUCGAAAUUGAAUCAAGAAAAGGGAAGUACUGCUAUUGAAGCUGCUAAAAAAUUAGGCAUGAAAGGUUUAUGGAAAGGUCUAACACCCAGAAUCAUUAUGAUUGGUACACUCACUGCAUUACAAUGGUUUAUCUAUGAUGCUGUUAAAGUUUGGUUGAGACUGCCACGUCCUCCUCCACCUCAAAUGCCUGAGAGCCUUAAACAGAAAUUGGCGGAGCAACAGAAAUGAUGUGCAGCAAUUGUAAUUUAAUUUAAGUUAUGAAUAUCAUCUCAAGAACCUUCUCAUAUUGCAAAACUUACAUCAAGAUUAAAAUAAUUUGAAACAAUGUAUUAUAGUUCUAUUUGUUUCUAAAAUUAUUCUAGAUUGCAAAUGUUGUAUAAAUAGAUUCAAGUUAAUAAAAUAUAUUUUUACUUUCCA